CUCUGCUCUCAUCCGUUCCCAUGAUGCAGCGCGUCUGCCUGUCUCUGCUCCCCUCCGAGCCGCCAUGUUGUCGGAGUGAAAGCCUGGAAAUCUGGAUAGAGAACCGGGGCUGAAAUCUUCGACCAUCCGCCCUCUCCGCCUGCCGUGGUGGAAUGAGCAGCGUGUGUGUGUUGAAGUGUAAAUCAGUGCUCUGGCAGGACUCGUUCAGCCCCCACCUCAGAACUUCAACUCCCAGCAUGCCGGUGGUGCUGAGCAGCGGAGGACACGCCCCCCCGGCCGGACAGACCCCACAUGCCCCGCCACCAAGCCAGCAGGGCGUGGCGGGUACGGGGCGGUCUCAGGAUGAUGCCAUGGUGAAUUACUUCUUCCAGCGGCAGCACGGGGAGCAGCCUGGCAAACACCGCUGGCCCGCUGGGGAGAACAUCCACGACAGCCAGGGGCGGUCGAUGGAUGAAGCUGAACCAGGUGAUUCCAGGCUCUGCGCUUCUGGAGAGCGUGCCAAUGGGGAGAGGUAG